CAGAAACAGAGAGCAGGGGGAAACAAAACAGGUUUGGUCAGAGCACAGAAGAUACCAUCAGUUUCUCCUUCCUACUUCCUCAGCCAGAAGACCUGCCCCAGACCCAACUCCUGUCAGCAGAUCUUGGUAGAGAGACGGAGAGAUUCUUCUCUUCACCAAUUCACCAUGAAGGAUGAAAUUAUGUUGACUCCCUGGAGAGAAUUUCCUGUAGAAGAAUUUGAGGUCUUGGUCCCAAACAAGGUGACAUGGGAUUUUGUCCUAGUGUGUGACAACCACAAGCUGGGCAGUGAGAAGGCUGUUAAGAGGAAGAAAUUUUUGGAAGAGCUGGAAAAGAAAGAAUUUAUCAUAAAGAAAAUUCAAGACAAGAAGUUAUUUUAUGGUGUCCGGGCUCCGAGUAGAAUCUUCCGAAAAUACCAGUGGCUGCUGAGAAACCCAGACAGAGGGUCACAGAAUUCCAGUACACAGGAGGAUGUGCUCAUCACCACCAGAAUACGCAUCGUCAACUUUAUCCUGCAGAACACAGAGAUUAAUUCUCAGGAGAAGCUAAGAGACUUGAUCAAAGAGAAAGUAUUUGAGACUGCAUUUCCACUGCAUGAGGAAAAAGAACAGAUAGAAUUCCUGAAGCAUAAAUGGGCCCGAUGGAGAAGGAUGUGUUGCAGACAGCCAAUUGAAGAAAUCAGGUCCUAUUUUGGGGAGAAGGUGGCUCUGUAUUUUGCCUGGCUGGGCUGGUACACCUACAUCCUGGCUCUAGCUGCUCUUCCAGGCCUGCUCCUCUUCAUAUAUGGAAUCAUUUAUUUCAAUUCCAGUCAAGUCAGCAAAGAGAUUUGUGAAGCCAACACCACCAUCAUGUGCCCACUCUGUGACCAGAAGUGCCCAUUCUGGCACCUGUCUGACACUUGUACUUAUGCCAAGGUCACUCACCUGCUUGACAAUGAGGGGACUGUUGUAUUCGCAAUAUUCAUGGCUCUGUGGGCCACUUUGUUCCUGGAACUGUGGAAGAGAAAGAGGGCUGAAGUGGUUAGUGGCUGGGAACUGUAUGGCUGGGAUGAAGAUGAGGAGGAGCUGGCCUUGGAGCUUAUCAAUAACCCAGAAUAUGAUCUCCAGAAGUAUCAGCACUCUUAUUUCCGCAGUAUGAUCGUGCUCCUCCUGGUCCUGCUUACAAUAAUCGUGCUGAUAGGGAUCGCUCACGCGCUUGUCAUAUACCGUGUGGUGGCCACCGUGAUCUUCAGCCAGAGUGACUCUGACUUAAUACGAGAAUGGGCCAACACACUGGCGGUGUUGACUGGGGCUGUGUUGCAUUACAUGACCAUUGUCAUCAUGACCAAGGUGAACAGAUGUGUGGCACUCUUCCUCUGUGACCUGGAAAAGCCGCGGACAUUCUCUAAGCGUGAAAACAACUUCACAGUGAAAAUCUUCACCUUCCAGUUCUUCACCCACUUCUCCUCGCUGAUCUACGUUGCCUUCUUCCUGGGGAGGAUUAAUGGCCGACCCGGGAAUUACGUGCGUGUAGCUGGCAAAUGGAGGCUGGAAGAGUGCCACCCUAGUGGAUGCAUAACUGACCUCUUUAUCCAGAUGGCUACCAUAAUGAUCCUAAAGCAGACUUUGAGCAACGUGGUAGAAUACAUCUCCCCCUGGAUUGCCUACAAGAUGAGAAAGCUGCGGGUGAAUGCAAAAAGUAAAGUCCAGGUGGAGCAGGAAGCUGAGGACCCUUGCAAGGAGCAGUGGCUGAGAAACUACCAGCUGAAUGAAGUCAACGUCUUCAGCUUAUUUAAUGAGUUCUUGGAAAUGAUGAUCCAGUACAGCUUUACCACCAUCUUUGUGGCUGCCUUCCCCCUUGCCCCACUGCUGGCGUUCUUCAACAACAUCAUUGAGAUCCGUCUGGAUGCCAUCAAGAUGGUGAGGCUGCAGAGACGCACGGUGCCUAGGAAAGCCAAGGACAUCGGAAUCUGGCUGCAGGUUCUGGAGGCCAUUGGCAUUUUGUCUGUCAUCGGCAAUGGCUUAGUGAUCGCCAUCACCUCUGACUUUAUCCCCUUGCAGGUCUACAAGUAUACAUACAGCCCUUGCACUCUGGGGAAUGACACCAACAUCGACUGUUUGACGGGUUACAUCAACCACAGCCUCUCGGUGUUCCGCGUUCGAGACUUUGAAUGGCAUAUGAAGCUGCAGGACUUAGCUGAAAAGCAGAUCACAGAAUGCAGGUACAGGGACUACAGGAACAAUGAUGAUUACAGUUACUCUGUGCAGUUCUGGCACGUGUUUGCAGCCCGACUCGCCUUCCUGAUUAUAUUUGAGCACGUAGCUCUAUGCAUCAAGCUGAUCGCAGCCUGGUAUGUCCCUGAUGUCCCCCAGUGGGUUAAGAAUAAGAACCUGGAGGAAAAAAAGAAGCAUCUUCAAGAAGAACUCAGUGUAAUGGAUCACUCUACAGAAGUGUAGCGACCCCCUGAGAAGAAUAUAGCAAUCAAAAGCACAGAAACUGCAGAUCUACUAUCCAACAGGACAUGGCUGCAGGCUUUGGAGACAUCACAAAGGCAUCCCUCCACACCACCACUCCUCUCAAACCCUGAAACUGCAAGCUCAUUCCCCAACUACCACUAAGUUUGGACUUUACUCUUAAGAAGGAAGAAAUAAUAUAAUGCUCGGUUUGCAUGAGCAGAUUGCUUUGAAUUUUAUAGUAUUCCGAGGAGGAAGUGCAUGGACUGCACAGCCAGGAAAGAGAUGAUAUAAGAAAGGCUGCAUUUCAAAGAUAUCAGACUGGGGGAAAAACCUCUGGACCAUCAGAAAAAUGUCCAGCAUUUUGCCACAUUCACAGAAGGUUAAAAAUGUGUAGAUUUUGCCAAAUUUGUCAUGCUUGUCUACCAUAAGUGGCAGGCGGGAAUUUUACAGAUGAACCCACUUCCCACCUCACUGAAUAGAAAGAACAGACAAGGUCCACUCUAUGAGCCACUGUCUGGCAUUAUUGUUCAAUGUGCAGAUUUCAUCUGCCCCACUUGGGCAUUUGUAAAGAUUGCAGCGUUCGAUUAAGUGCUGUGCUGUUUGGUGGACACCUGAUUCAUACAGGGGCUGUCCAAGAUGUUCGUCUGGUGAAGUGUUGUUUUGAAGCAUUUGUAUCCACAUAUCAGUCUGUUCAGCUUGACCCAUGCUUCUCUGUCAAGGUUGUGCCCAGUGUGGGACUCAUUUGGUACAAGAUUAUUUCAUCAGAAUUGCCCCAGGAUUUGGGACAGUCUGUAUGGGCCACCUAGUUCUCCUGCCUUACUUCUCAGAGACAUUUCUUGACUAGAUGAAAGUGUUCUCUACAGACAGAAGCACUGAGAUCUAAUGACUGUUUCUCUUACUCUGCUUUUCCAUGACCAUGGCCAAGUUCCUUAGCCUUUUUGUGCCUCAGUUUAUGAAAUGGGCUUACCUUCCUACCUACCUCAUAGGGAUAAUGCAAAGCUUCAGUAUCAAAUAUCUAAAGCACUUUGAGGCUUUUUCUACAUAGGGAAUUUGCCAGGAUCAGGAUACUAUUAGUCCAUGUUAAGAUGCAUGUACAAACUCUUAAGUGGACACAAGGGAAGCUAUGGUUUGCAUGAGUGGAGUUUAUCCCAGCUGGAGUUAGCACCACAGAAGUAAAUUGGGGCCUUCCUCUGCUACGCUUUGUCUUCACAACAGCACAUCUAGGCCCAGGACAGGAUGACGUAGUCUAGGUCUUGGGUAAUCUCAUCAAUGAUCUGCAAAAGUCCAUUGCAUUCAGUAAAGCUUCAGCACCAUCAGGAAAUCUGAUACUCAUCUUCACAGAGUGACCUGGUUUUAUUCUCAGUAAUCACCAUAAGCCUUGAUUUACCAUUUCAUUGGGCUAACAAGGAAAGCUUUGCUGGCUGUUCCAGCUGAGCGGUGGAUAGUUUACUUUCUGUGUCCCCUGUGAAUUUCAUGCCUUCUGCUCGUGUUCCUCUAAUGAGUGGAGUCCCUUCAUGGUCCCAAACCCUUCCAUCAUUCAGGAAGCCAUUAUUAUCUCUUUUACUUGAACAAUCACACAGCCAUCAUUAAGGCUGCAGCACCAUUUCUGUUCUAAUGCACUGUUUUUACUGGCUCGUAACCUGAGAAAUGUGCCUCUGGGGAUGACAGUUUUCAUGCUUGGUUUCUGCCCAGCUGCCCAAUAUGUUUUGAGUAUUUCAGCCAAUCAUGUUCUGCUUAAUUAUGACAACAUCAACAAAAAAAGUCCAUAAGCACAUGUUCAUCAGGUGUAAAUCAGCACACCCAUGUAGAAUUCACUAGAGUUAUGCCCAUUUACAUCAGUGGAAGACAAGGCACACCUACUUUUUUUUAGCGUGAAUAAGUCCAGAGACUCUGAGCUUUGAGUCACACUUAGAAUGCAAAUAGUCCUCAGUGAAGGGAAAGUCUUGCUACACCCAAAAAAUGCUGGUGCACAGUUCAUAAAAGUAAGAGAGCGUAAAUAAAACAAUCUUAGAUCCAUAAAAGCCCUCUUGUAUCCUGAUCCUGGAAUGAACUUUGCAUAAGCACCUACCUUCAAGCACAGAGCCAGGGAUCUACCCAUUUGGAGACCAUUGUGGGGUCUGGGACAUGCUACUCAGUCCUUUUAACAUGGGCAAGCUAAAUUAGUGUAAACCAGGCUUAAACCCUCAAAGUGUCAAUAUACAAAGCUGCAGUGGUUCAACCAUACUGGUUUAAUCCACAAAGCCAGUAUAGUUUUGGUGUUUAGGUAAAUCCUCAAGACUUUUCAAGGAGCACGUUGAGACUUUUUAGUUUUUCUACAAAAUCAGGAAAAUUAAAAGCAAAAACGUUAGCACCCAAAGCAAAUUAACAAUAAGUAACAAGGCACUCAGAAGACAGGCUAUUAGAGAAAGUAAAAUAAGUAGAUACAUAAUCUGCACUACUUGGCAAAUAUAACAGCAUUUAGUUCAUUUAUGCUAUAAAACACAGAUUGAGCACAAGGGCUGAAUGAAUGUUGCACUAGUCAAAAUAUUAUUUUUUUCCAGUUUCUCGGUUUGUGAAGUUUUGGUUUCUCAGCCUUGCACUAGGCUUGGCAUUCCAUGUAAUUUUAUGUUAUUUAAAUCAGACCCAUCGAAUCAUUAAACAGAGAACGUAAGAAUGUAUUUAUGCUAAACGCACUGAGCACUUGGAGACACCAGUCGUUUUAUGCACAAGUAGUCACAUUGGAUGUUAAGCACGUGAGUAGUCUAUUGAAAUCCAAUGCGACCAUUCAUAUGCUUAAGGUAUGCCUGUGCCAUCUGCUUGCUGAUUGGGGCAGUAAUCCUAAAAUCACUGCACUACAUUUUUUCUUGCAUUCCUCAUUUUAGUUGCCAGGUAUGUUAUACAAAAGUACUUAAAUAUAUUGGAAUGGUUGUUUGAGAUACUGUGCAAUAACAUUAUAAUUGUAUU